AUGAAAACAUCUUUGAUGAAAUCAAAACAAAAUAUUACAGAACUUAAUAUUAUAUCCGAGAAAUAUGAUUUUGUUGUUUCUUCUAUAAUAUUAAACAUUGCUGAUCUCUAUGAAACUGAUAAUGAUAGGUCAUGUAUUGAUAUAAUUAGUCCAAUUUUAUCUAUGACAUCGAUUACUUGUUUAAAUAUUACAGUUAACGAAAUUUUUAUUGGUACACUAAUCAAUAUGAGAAAAUGUUUACCUAAUCUUAAUUCAUUAAUAAUAUCAUCUUUAGCAAUGAUACAACCAAGAUGUUUAUCUAUUGAAGAAACAAGAAUAUUUUGUAUCGUAUUAAAUAAUAACAAAAUUAUUAAAGACAAUCUUAAGCAAAUAAGUGACUUAGCACAAGUUCAAUUUACUCAUGAUCUUUGUCCUCAUAUGAAAUAUUUUCAGAUAGAUUGUAUAAAUGGUGUCUGUCCUGAAUAUGUUAAACAACGUUAA